CGGGGCUCAGAGCUGUCUGGAGCGCUGGCUGGGUCUGGUCGAGGAAGGCACCGGGCGGGAGGCGAGCUGUGUACUUCUUCGCGCAGCCCUCUUCUUCUUCCCCAGCGGGGCUUGGGAUCCCAGCGAAGAGCCUUGGCCACAGUCCAACGCGCCUCUCUGGAAGGAGCUGCAGCCAGACUGCCUUUUCCAAAGCGAGCAACAACAACAACCACAAUAAAAGUCGAGUCGGGAACAAGGAGUUCCCAGCCGAGAAGAGAACAUCGGCAGCUGGGCGGAGAGUCAAGAGAACUCGUGCGUCCGUCUGCCCACCUGAACAUUGAGGGAAGGCAACAUCAUCAGUCAUAUUGGCCAAUAGAGAUGGUUGUGGUCUGGAAAAGUACUGCCCAAACAAGAUGGAGGCUGAUGGUGGUCUGGAAAAAUACUGGCCUCAAGACAACAGUAGAAAGGCUGGAAACAUGCCCUUGUUUGAGAGUAAUAUCAGACAGCCCUCCUGCAGCAGGAAGCUUUGCAGAAACCUCUUUGGACCAGUGGAUCAUGAACAGCUCCAGAAAGAGUUCCAGUCCUUGAUGAGGGCCCAGCUAGAGGAGGCCCAGCAAAAGUGGAACUUUGACUUUGAAAGGGAAACUCCACUUGAAGGCAACUACAAAUGGGAGAAGGUCACCCUUGUGCAUACACUUCCAUCUCAAGACCAUCUGAAGAGCCACACAAAGGAGAACAAGUACAAUGGUGAGAAGAGUUUGAACUCCCCUGUGGCUCUCAAGAAGCCUGCAAAGAUGGACAAUCCUGUACAAAUGGGCUUUGAAGCUUGCAAGACUGGCUCUCCGAGGUGUUUGAAGCGAAAGCAGACUACUAUAAAAGACUUCUACAGCUCAAAGAGGAGAACGAUCCCUUGUAAGUCAAGCCCAUGAUGACUACACUGCAAGCAAAAAGCUUCUAUGCAGUGUCUUGGCUGAAGGUCUUCACCACUGUUUGCUGACAUGAGGCUAUUUGGACACAGCACCCAGUGAUGUCAUCAAGAUGCCUAUUUGAAGGAGCAACUAAUCAGAGUUAGCAGUCUUGCUCUGAAGACUCUUACAGGCCUCUUAGAUUGCAUAAACUGUUUAGUGGACUAGUAUAACACUUCAGAAGGAUGUAGAAUUCUUUCUUUAAUUAUUUUACAGCACUGGAGCUUUAUGUGCAAUGGAAUAUUGUAAAACCUCAUCUUAAAUCAGACUUUAAAAGUUUCUGGGAAGAUAAUAUUUCUCAAGAGGCAACUGCAAGUGGGGCUGGUGUGACGAAUGUGGGAAACAUGAGAGCAGGUUCUGCUCGUGGGUGAUAUUCUGUCUCGUAUCUCGUCCACUUGCUAGUUUUCAUGUACCUGCCAGGCGAAAGCUUGUGUGUGAAUUACUUUGCAAGGUCUAAUAUCCCAGUAUUUGUAAAGGAUAAUGCUUUCCCAGCUCUGUGAUCAUGCUGGUUUUUGUAAACUGUUCAGUUAAGCAACGAGCUGAGAAUAGAAAAGGACUGGAUUGUUGUAAUGUUGUCUGGGAAGUGAAUUCCUUUUCUAAGCAUUAAGACCUUGUAGAGUAAUAAACGCUCACCUAUAUUAUUGCAGACCAAGUACCUUUUGAUAGUAUCAAGCUUCACUUGUACCUGAUAAAGGAGAGUAUGUGAAUACUUAUUCAACUUCUCUCAUGGGCAGCUUAAACAUCAUUUUGUUAAACUGGUCAAAAAUACUGCUACGCGAAAUCCCAUGCAUGACACUAGCCUAAGGGGAAAGUGUAGGCCAUCGGACUACUUACUGAUUUUAUUAGCUUCUGCCACAUACUGUAGCAUCAAUAUGUUGGCAUAGCCACUCCUUCAUUGUUGUGUCAUUCAAAACUUGCUGCAUAUGACACUGUAACAUGGUAAGCAAUUAGUGAGGGAGAAGACUUCAGGGUUUGGUUUACAGUGGAUGCCAGCAGAAAUUGAUAUGAUGUACACUUUGGCUUUCUUUUUUCUUAUUUUUGUUUCAUGGUGUAGUGAUGACUGAGGAUGACUCAGCGUUUGUAGUACUUUCCAUAACUUAUGUUGUUAUCUGUGUCCUUGCUAGCAGUCCUCAGGGGAUGGUGCAUUUUCAGUCUGUCAAUUAUACUAUUUAAAGCCACAGCUUAAAUACUAAAUGGGAGAUAAACAAGUUCAUAGGAUUUCCACUUAAGAGGCACAACGUUGAAGAUCAGAAUCUGAAAUGCCAUUUUUAUAAAUUAAAAAUCCAACUCUAAAAUGGCAAGAUGAGAGCCAGAUCCAUUCAGCUCAUUGUUAAGGGGUCUUCACUGCUGGAACAACAUGGUAGGGACAGUAUUCCGCUUUUCAAAUCUUGUAGGCCCUGAUGUGUAUGGUGUUUGGUUUAAUGGGGAGCUGCUUCCCUGGCAGGAUAUAAAGAGUGUAGAGCUUCACUUCAACCCUUUGUUGAAGAAAGAAGGGAAGAGGGGGGUGGAAAUCCCAUAGCUCUGGGAAAAGAAAGAUACUAGUGGUACAGCUUAUUUACCUGUACAGUUUCACCUGUGACAUGUAGCAUAGAUGUAUGUGUGCUACUUGAGGCCUCCUUCACCCUCAUUCCUCUGAAUGAAAAAGAGGAAUGGUAUAAAUAGAUGGUGAGGCCUGGUGGGUUGUAAGAAAAAAGAGAGAGAGUUGAGGAAUGGCAUUGCAGAAGAAACUGAAGUACUGUAGACAUGCUAUAUUUGAAUAUCUAAAAUAAUAACAACCCAUAGUUUGUAAGCAAGUGCUCAGGUCAAGUCAACAUGAUUUCUACAAGGAUUGCUUUAUGAGAACACUUACCAGACUGAAAAUGCCAUGGUUUGGGGGAAGUAGAUUGAUCUGUAUUGUGUAUAUAAGUGGAGAGUGUAAGAUUCAUCCUGUUAAAGAACAGAUUCAGGCACUUUCUUAAUAUAAUUAGUUUGCCUAUGUGUGCUGAUCUUUUCUUUUCUUUUGGUUAGAGCUAUUAUGGGCAAGCCUGGCCUCUUUACCCAUUGCACUUUUACCUUCAGGGUAAUGCUAGGGCACUAGUCUCUGAGCACUAAUCCAUUUAUUUGUGAAUAUGAUGCUGCUGAACUGACUGACUAAGCCUAGGGCUUAAAAUAAAGCCACUUCAUAAUGGAGCAA